ACUAUAGCAGGUUCGGUUGUGUCAUGGAGACAGGAACACCUCGCCAGUUUUCCUUAGCCUUUCCUAUGUUGUUGCUGAUGAUGAGUUUGAGCAUGUGUGAGACCACCAACAUCACCACUGAUCAAAUAGCUCUUCUUGCUCUCAAAGCCCACAUCACAUCUGACCCAAACAAAACCAUAGCCACCAACUGGUCUGCCCUCACCUUUCCCUGCAGAUGGGUGGGGAUCAGUUGCGACUCCCUCCAUCGCAGAGUCACUAAACUCCAUCUCUCCGGCAUGGGUUUAACCGGUGAAGUUCCUCCUGAACUAGGCCGUCUCUCUUUCCUAGUUUCCCUCGACCUGCGACAGAACAACUUCCACGGCAGCCUGCCACCAAACCUGGCCAACAUGCGACGCUUGAGAUUUCUCGACUGCAGCGUCAACAACUUCAGCGGGAAUCUCCCACGUUGGCUUCCUCUCUUGCCAAAACUUAAAUACUUGAAUUUACAAAACAACAGUUUCAGUGGUCCGCUGCCCUCUUUUCUAGGCAACAUUACAACGUUAGAACAAAUCAGUUUAAGUCACAAUUCUCUGCAAGGGGAAAUCCCUCAAGAGAUUGGACAUCUUCCUAGGUUGAUUGAGUUGGACAUUCAAUACAAUCACCUCACCGGCUCAAUACCGUUCUCUAUAUUCAACAUAUCCACGAUACAACAUGUCGCCCUCACGAAGAAUGAACUGUCGGGAAGCCUUCCUCUUGACAUGUGUGAUAGCAUUCCUGCACUCCAAGGACUCUAUCUUUCAUACAACAACUUGGAGGGUGAAAUCCCAGCCAGUUUAUCCAAAUGCUUUGCCCUUCAAAUUUUGUCUUUGUCUUACAACAGAUUUCGAGGCCAAAUUCCUCCUCAAAUUGGAAACUUAACCGACCUCGAGGUGUUAUAUCUUGGUGGCAACCUUCUAACUGGUGAAAUCCCACAAGAAAUAGGAAAUCUCAAUAGUAUGUUGGGGCUGGCAUUAGAAAGCAACCAAAUAAUGGGUUCCAUACCUGCUGGGAUAUUCAAUAAUAUGACUUUCUUGAUUGUUCUUUAUUUGUAUGGUAAUAGCCUCUCUGGAACUCUCCCAGCAAAUAUUUGUCAUAACUUUUCUGGGCUUGAGCUUCUUGACUUGGACACCAACCAGUUAUAUGGAAGAAUUCCAGGAAUGCUUCAUAUGUGCACGAAUCUUCAAGAACUGGAUCUUGGCUCCAACAGUUUUACAGGUACAAUACCAUAUGAAAUCUUCAAUAUCUCAGCGCUAACACGCUUGGACCUUACAUUCAAUUAUGGGCUUACCGGAACUCUUCCACCAAGCAUGGGUUCUAACUUACCUAAUUUGAAAAAAUUAUACCUUGGCGAAAUCAACAUGGAUGGAGUGAUACCAGAAUCUAUUUCAAAUUCUUCCAAACUGAUUCACAUAGAACUCAGUUACAACAAUUUUAGUGGCUCCAUUCCUAGAUCUUUGGGAAAUCUAAGGUAUCUACAGCUUCUGUCCAUGCAAAAUAACACCCUUCAUUAUGAGCCAUCCGUGGAAGAGCCCAGCAUCAUAGAUUUCCUGACAAAGUUUCGAUAUUUGAGGGAAUUAAGGAUCACUUUCAAUCCUCUUGGCGGCGCUCUAUCCACUUCUGUCGGGAAUCUUUCAUCUGCUCUUGAGAUCUUUGUUGCCGCUGGCUGCGGGUUGAAGGGAAACAUACCAACUCAGAUUGGGAACUUGAGAAACUUGAUUGAGUUGACUCUAUCUUUCAAUGACUUGUUUGGGUUCAUUCCGACAACCUUGGAUAGGCUGCAACAGCUUCAGAAAUUGGAACUGGGCAACAACAAACUUAGAGGGCCCCUUCCGACCAGCCUUUGCAGGCUACGAAACCUAGGAUUGUUGUCUUUGAGCUUCAACCAAAUGUCAGAUGGGAUACCUGAAUGCUUCAGUAAUCUCUCUUUCUUGCGAGAGCUUUACAUAGAUCAUAAUGGGUUUAGUUUUGGGAUACCACAAAGCUUUUGGGACCUCAAAGGUUUGUUAACAGUUGAUAUGUCGGCAAAUUCCUUAAAUGGAUCGUUGUCGGUUGACCUUGUCAAGUUUGAGGAUGUUAUACAUUUGGAUCUAUCAAAUAAUCAGUUCUCUGGGAACAUACCGCCUGCAGUCACAGAAAUGCAAAAUUUGGAGUUUCUUCAACUUGCCAACAACAAACUCCAAGGACCCAUUCCAGAAUUCAAAGAACCAACUAUUGCCUUGGAAUUCCUGGACAUAUCCCAUAACACACUAACUGGUGUAAUCCCAAAGUCUUUGGAAAACCUUAAAAGCCUCAAAUACCUCAACCUGUCGUUCAACAACUUGAGCGGCGAAAUUCCUUCUGGCGGUUGUUUUCAGAACUUAACGAGGCAGUCUUUCAUGUUUAAUGAAGCACUCUGUGGAAGUCCUAGGUUUGGUGUCCCGACAUGCCCAUCACCUCAUCCACACUCAAUAAAGAAAAAAGUUUUGAUCAUUGCAUUUGUGUUGUUAGGAGCCCUGAGUUUAUUGUUCUUCAUCGUUAUUGCAUUCUUGUUGGUGAGAAGAUAUAGAAAGAAGAACAUUUCUCCAAGUGAAACAGAUCAAUUGUUCCCACGGGAGCCAAAAAGAAUUUCAUAUUAUGAACUUGUGCAAGCAACUGCAAGUUUUAGCCAAAGCAAUCUUUUAGGUUCUGGAAGCUUUGGCUCUGUUUACAAAGGGAUUCUACAUUCUGGGAUGGUGGUUGCCAUCAAGGUGUUCAAUCAAUCAGAACAUGCACAAAGAAGUCUUGAAGUUGAGUGUCAAGUGUUGAAAAAUUUGCGCCAUCGAAACCUCACUAAGAUCAUUACUGGUUGUUUUGGAGAUAACUUUAAAGCCUUAGUCAUCGAGUACAUGCCCAAUGGAAAUCUUGAGCAGUGCUUCAGCACUUGA